AAACAUAUAGUACUGCUCCAUUAUUCUACCAACAUUUUAUGUAUAACACGCCAGCACUGUGCCAUUACUGCGCCAGUACUGCGCUAUUAUUCUGCCAGUAUAAAAUUAUUUAUAAUGCCAGUACUGCGCUAUUAUUCUGCCAGUAUAAUAUUAUUCAUAAUGCCAGCACUGUGCCAUUACUGCGCCAUUAUUAUACCAGCAUAAAAUCUGUACCGAUUAUCAGUACUGGCCCAGUGCUGGCUGUCAGUACAGAAUAGCGUUAUCAUUUAGGAGUUACGCCAGUACGGGCGCAGUACAGAAUGCCAGUACCGCGCCCGUACUGGUCAGUACUGGCGCAGUACUACGCCCUUGGUAAAUUUCUGCUUGGGUAAUGACAAUAAUUAUGUAAUGUGCUUACAUAUUCUGAAUAAUAAAACUAACUAACAUGCAAGGCUAUGAAACGUUGAGUAUCAAUUUUUUUGUUUCUACGUAACUCAUAAAAACACUUUAUAAUAAUACAAAUUAUGCAUGCUCCUUCGUGUAUAAAACAACAUAUAUUAAAAACAAGGCUGAAGUAUAUUUAAUAGCAAAAUAACAAAACAAUUGUAAUUUUUGUGAUGUUUGCUAAGUCCAAAAGUCUGCGAGGUCAAAGAGUAAUACUUCAAGUUCUAAUCUGGGCCUGGUAAUAUGGGGAAGGGGGGUCCGCUAGUACACAAUUACCAUUAAUUAUGAUAAAAUAACAAUAGAGACUACUGGACUAGCUUUUACUGUGAACCCCUUCCCCUUAAAAAUUAACAGACGAAAACGUGUAAAAAACGGCGAAAGGGAAUUGUGUUACACCUUUCCUAAAGUUCUCUCCCAUCCUAUAUAGUAGUUUUUUUUGUAUGUUAAUUUUUUGUUUACAUGGAUAGUGUCGGAUAUUAAUUUUACGCACAUAAAUGAAGUUCCAUCAUUUUAGUAUUAUUACACAAAUUGACAAAUAAAUAUCACCAAGAACUUAUUGUUCUUCGAAAAAUCGUACAAUGGCCCCUAGAACGAGCAGUUGGCUGUCAUUGAACAAUUUGCCAAGUACUGACAGAAAUAUCAAAAGGGUGGACGGUUGGAUAAAUGCACGCCGUAAGGAAGAUGGUGCCGAAGGAUUAUGGAGAGUUCAUGAUGGACUGUACGAUCUUCAAGAAUGGAUACCUAAGCACCCGGGAGGAUCACAAUGGUUGGAAAUAACAAAGGGAGUUGACGUCACAGAGUUAUUUGAAACGCAUCAUUUGAAAGGAGACGUAGCAACCCAAAAGCUUCGUACAUUUUAUGUUAGAAAUGCAAGUACUCCUAGGACGUCACCAUUUACUUUUAAACCGGAUGGUUUUUACAAAGUUUUGAAAUCGAGAGUAUCCAAAAAGCUUUCAAGCAUAAACCACAGCAAUGUUUUACUCAAGUCUAAGUUGGUAGUAGACACUUUUAUUUUAUUAGCUUUGUUGCUUUGCGUUGAAUCUGCGCGUAGAAAUAGCUAUUAUAUUGCACUGUUAACUGGAGUAUCAUUAGCCUUUGGUUUAGUGGCCAAUCAUAAUUUCACCCAUCUUAAAGACAACUGGAGAAUGUACUACAUCCAUUUGGGUUUGUUCUCCGUAAGAGAAUGGAAAAUAUCACAUACUGUCAGUCAUCACUGUUAUGCAAAUACAGUUCUUGAUCUUGAAAUGGCUUUGCCUUAUCCUUUUAUUCAUUGGUAUCCUACCAAAGAUAAGCCUUGGAACGUAUUGUGGUUUUCAAAGCUAACUCCUCUAUUUUACCCUUGUUCUACAAUCUACCUGAUAAUCGGAAGAACUAUCACCCUGAACAACGAAAAAGCCGACUGUCUAGCUUUCAUCAUUCCAAUAGUACUGAUGUCAGCUGGUGGUUUGUCUUUGGGUUCCGUGUUGACCAUAUGGCUUCUAGUAAUCAUGACAAUGAGUUCUGUGUUCGUUUUUUUGGGAUUCAACGGAGCACAUCAUCACCCCGACAACUUCCACGAUGGGGAUGAGAUUAGCCAACAAGAUAUUGACUUUGGACUUCACCAAAUAAAUUCUUGUUCAGAAAGACAAAUAAUCGGCAACAGCGUAGUGAUUUCGAUGAUAACUUUUGGCGAUCAUUCAUUGCAUCAUCUGUUCCCGGGUUUAGACCAUAGUUUAUUACCCCACAUACAAGAAGUUUUUGAAGAAACGUGUAAAGAAUUUGGACUAGAAUUAAAGAUAAGAACGUAUGGAGAAUAUGUACGUGGCCAAUUUCAACAGUUGGUUCGAACAAAUCCUAGAAAAGCUAAAACAUCUAAAAUCUCAAUUCAAUAAUACAAUUUAUUAAAUUUUUUAACUGUUUUCAAUCAAUUUUAUAACCUCCACAAUAACUCAAUUUACUACUUAUAUUUUGAAACUUAUACACAGUACCUUGAAAUGAGUAUAGAGAUAUUGUAACACAAGAGUUAAGGCUUUUUUUUUUUUUUUUGGUGGUUAGUUUAAAUAAAAUAUUCUAAAAUAAUGAAUUUACUUUUCUUUUGCGUAUUAUAAUCAUCGUAUCUUAUAAAAUAUAUGUAUUUAAUAUAAUAAUAGAAAGCCAGAACAGUGGUGGCAGAGCAUAGUUGGUGAUGAGAACUCUGGUUUCCUCUAUUUUGAUGAGAAUGGAGUGAACUAUUUUACUAUUGAACAUACUAUACAUAUUAUUUUAUUCUAUUACAGUACCAGAUUAUGUACAAUAAUUAUUCGUUUAGAUGAAAAGUCAAUAUUUGUAUUCGACUUGCCCACUGUAAGGAAACGGAAGGGUAAAUGUAAAAGUUUACUAAUGUAAAAUGUUAUCUAACAUAUUAGUAUUAACAUGAUUAUUAUAAAUAAAAACCAGCGUA